AGCGCGGGGGGCCGGGGGGAGCGGGCUGCAGGGGGAAGGUGGCCCAGGCCCGGCCCGGCCAUGGUGACAGCCCCCCCGGCACCGCGAGAGAGAGAAGAGCCCGGAGCGUCCCCUCCGCUGGCCCCGGGGCAGACAGCCCCCUUGUGCCGCGCGGCCGGGCCCGGCCCCCCUUCUCGGGGUCCCUCUGAGGCGUCCGGGGCAAAGCCCGGUGCCCCCCGGUUUGCCCUCAAACAGGCUGAUGCCUUCUGCUGCCUGCCCCGGCGGCCGGCUCUCCGCCCGCAGGAGCUGGUGACAGCCGGUUCCCUGAGGUGGUCUCUUUUUAAGCAUCUUUUUCGCUCUGCCCGUGACCUGGGCAGCUCUGUAGCCAGCUCAGUGGCUGGUGUGACGGUGCCGGGUCUGGGCUGCCAUGUCCCACGGUGAUGCUGGUGCUGUCUCCUUUCCCGCAGGCGGCGCAGGGCAGGACGCUUCCAGCCCCCGGCUGGGCUGAGACCUCAGGCGGACGCAGUACCUGCGUAGCUGGAGCCAGCGCCGGCCACCUGUUCCCAGCACUCCUGUGAAGAUGGAGGAGCAGCAGGACGCAGCAGGCCCCAGGCCCAGGGCAGAGAAAGCCCCUCCUGUCAUCCAGGCCAGGGCCAGCCAGGACAGCCCGAGAGAGGCUGGGCCGCAGCAGAUCAAGCAGGAGCCGCAGGAGGAGCUGGUCGAGUGCGUGGAGGUGGCGCAAGUGGAGGCCGUGACAGCCCCGGGGACCCCACGGCAGCUGGAGCCGGUGCCAGGGGACGACCUCCCGGUCCUGGAGAUGUGGCGACAGCGCUUCAGAGGCUUCUGCUACCAGGAGGCCGAGGGGCCGCGGGAGGUCUGCAUCCGCCUGCGGGAGCUGUGCCGGCGCUGGCUGGAGCCCCAGCGCCGCAGCAAGGAGCAGAUCCUGGAACUGCUGGUGCUGGAGCAGUUCCUGGCGGUCCUGCCCCAGGAGAUGCAGAGCUGGGAGUGGGGGCCUGGUGUGGAAACCUGCGCCGAGGCCGUGGCCCUGGCCGAGGGCCUUUGGCUGGAGCAGCCAGAGGACGAGAAGCUGCAGGUCACGGUGUGCGUGAAGGUUGAGGAGGUGACCUCGGACAAGGGGGCCCCUGCGGGGGACUUGUGGGAACCUCUGGACUCCUGGGUGGAGCAGCCGCAGGAGGAGGAAGGACGGGGAGAAAGCCCCGGGCCCCAGGAGAAGCCGUCACGUGUCCCCAAAGAGGAGCCCACACCCCACGAGGAGUCAGAUUCCCCCGACGUGGAGGAGACCUGGGGCACGGUGGAGGUGGAGAGCUCCUUAGGCUGGUUCCCCCGACGAGGCCGUUUCCCCGGAACAGCAGGCACAGGGACCCCAGGUAGAACUGAGCAGCAGACUCCUGAUGAAGGACCUGCCCACCUGGCGCUGACAGGGACAUCCCUGGGAAGCCACCUGCACAAAAGACAAGCCAGGCCCCCCAGGCAGAGGGAGACCAUGGCAGCGCACAGUGUCGCAGCUCCGCUUGGACUGAGCCUGGGCUGCGGGGAAAAGUCCAUGGAGCCAAGAGACCCGAAUGAGGGCAAGCUUCCUGUGAGCGGAGAAGGCCCAGGAGGGCAGCAGGAGCCAGGAGCCCAGGGCAGGGGGAGACAGCAUGGCUGCCCCACCUGUGGGAAGCUCUUUGAGUGCCCUGCACACCUGGCCCUGCACGAGCGUGUGCACACAGGCGAGAAGCCUCACGCCUGCCCCCUGUGUGGCCGGAGCUUCGCCCGUCCCGGCAACCUGGCCGCCCACUUCAAGACACACUCAGGCGAGAGGCCACACCGGUGUCCCGACUGCGGCAAGGGCUUUGCCCGCCCUGACAACCUGGCCACGCACCGCCGCACCCACACUGGGGAGAAGCCCCACGGCUGUGGCCAGUGUGGCAAGCACUUCGCCAGCCUCUCCCACCUGGCUAAGCACCGGCGCCAGCAUGCAGGGGACAAGCCACACCGCUGCGCCCACUGCGCCAAGGCCUUCCUGUUCCCCUCAGACCUGGCUGCCCACCAGCGUGUGCACGUGCGGGGGGGGCCACCGCUGCACCGCUGCACCCAGUGUGGGAAGGCCUUCAGCCACCCUGUCAAUUUGGCCCGGCACCAGCGCAGCCAUGAGGGGGACAAACCACACCGCUGUGCCCUCUGUGGCAAAGGCUUUGCCCACCCCUCGCUGCUGGCGCGGCACCGACCCGUGCACACCGGGGAGAGGCCACACACCUGCACCCAGUGUGGCAAGGGCUUCGUGUCCCGCUCCGACCUGGCUCGGCACUGCCAUGUGCACACAGGCGAGAGGCCACACACAUGUGCCCAGUGCGGCAAGGGCUUCGUGCAGCAUGCCCACCUCGUCCGCCACCGGCGCCUCCACAUGCCACCACUGCCAUCACCACUGCUGUAGAUUCAUAGAUUAUAGAGUCGGAAGGGACCCAAUUGGUCAUCAUGUCCGACCCCCUGCCCCUGGCAAGAAAGAGGGCUGAGGUCAGACGACCCCAGCCAGGUGAUUGUCAAGCCUCCUCUUGAAGACCUCCAAUUUAGGUGACAGCACCAUCUCUCUUGGCAGCCCAUUCCAGACUCUGGCCACCCUUACUGUAAAAAUAUUUCUUCCUAAUGUCUAACCUAAAUCUACUCUCCACUAAUUUGCACCCAUUAUUCCUAGUUACUCCCUGGGACGCUCUGGUAAACAGCGCAUCCCCAAUUCCCUCCUGUCCUCUCCUGAUAAAUUUAUAGGGGGCUACAAGGUCACCCCUCAGCCAUCUUUUGUAUAGGCUGAAGAGAUCCGGAUCUCUCAACCUCUCCUUGUAGGGUCUUUCAUGGAGACCACUAAUCAUGCAAGUGGCCCUCCUUUGAACCCUCUCCAGAUCCUCCAUGUCCCUCUUGAAGUGCGGCGCCCAAAACUGGACACAGUACUCCAACUGCAGCCUGACCAAUGCCGCGUAGAGGGGGAGCAGCACCUCCCUCUAUCUGUUGGUCAUGCAUCUGCUAAUACACAAGAUGCGAUUGACUUUGUUGAAGGCCUCGUUACACUGCCGGCUCAUGUUCAUCUUGGAGUCAGCUAUGACUCCAAGAUCUCUCUCAGCCUCUGAGCUGCUAAGGAGGUCAUCUCCCCAACCUGUAGGUGUGCUGGGGAUCCCUCCUUCCUAGGUGGAGCACCUUACAUUUAUCUUUGUUGAAUUGCAUCCUAUUACGUUCCGCCUAUUAAUCUAACCUGUCAGCCUGUAACUGCUCCCUGCCCUCUGAUGUAUUAACUUUGCCCCAUAAUUUAGUGUCAUCCAUGAACUUGGAGAGGGUGCUCACCACACCGUCAUCCAAAUUGCUGAUGAAGAUAUUAAAUAACACCUGCCCAAGGACCGAACCCUGCAGAACCCCACUGCCCACCUCCUUCCAGGCUGAGAAUGACCCAUCAACCACCACUCUCUGGGUGCGGUGCCUAAGCCAGUUAGCCACCCACCUGACUGUAGGGGUUCACUCCACAGCCUGUUAUUUUCCCUAUGAGAAUAGAAUGCAGAACUGUGUCGAAGGCCUUCCUAAAAUCCAGGUAGAUGGCACCUGCCUCUGCUCCUGUGUCAAGGCAGUGUGACCUGGUCAUAAAAGGCUAUAAGGUUUGUCAGGCAGGAUCUACCUGUGACAAACCUGUGCUGAUUUCUUUUCGGCAUCGUUUCUCCUGCUGGGCUUUCACAAAUAUACUCUGAUGAUUUUUUCUAGUAUUUUCCCAGGGAUAGAGGUAAGACUGACUGGCCUAAAGUUACCAGGCUCCUCCCUUCUCCCCUUCUUAAAAAUGAGCACCACUUUGGCCUUUUUCCAGUCCUCAGGGACCUGUCCGGAGCACCAGGAGAGCUCAAACAGCCGUGCCAGCGGCUCAGCAAUGACACUGGCCAAUUCCUUCAGCAGCCGUGGAUGGAGGUCAUCCAGGCCAGCUGACUUGUGCCCAUCCAGUCCUUCCAAGUGCUCUUUAACUAAGUCAGCACUAACCUUUGGCAAUCUGGUGCCUUUUGGACAUCUGUCUAUGCUCAAGGUGUAGGGAUUGUCUUGGUCAGUAUUAAGGAGUACUGAAGCGAAGAACUCAUUGAAGAGCUCUGCUUUUUUGUCUGCGUCAACCACCAACUGACCUGAUUUGUCCUGCAGGGGCCCUAUGCUACUCUGCACCACCUUUUUGCUCACUAUGUACCUAGAAUGACUUUUUAUUGUCCUUGAUUGUUGUAGCCAGCCUAAGCUCCAGUCCUGCCUUGGCCUGCCUAACUGACUCCCUGCAAUAGCAUGCUAGGGUGGUGUAUGCCUCCUUGGUGGCUACCCCCUGCAAUAGUGCUGCCCACAAUGCCAGAGGGCAUUGGGUGCCCUCACACCUGUCCACUCUUGCAGCCCACCAGCUGCCAUCGCUGCUGUAGUACUGCUGAUGGCACCAGAAGGCAUUGGGCACUCUUCACAGCCCUCUGCUCUCACAGCCCACUGGCUGCCAUCACCACUGUCCACAGCACCAGAAACCAUUGGGCACCCCUUGAACCCCUCCAAUCUCUGAGCCCUGUGGCUGCCAUUACCACCAUAGUACUGCCCAUGGCACCAGAGGGCAUCAAGUACCCCUCGCUCCCUGGACCAAGGACUGGAAGAGGUUUCCUCUUCCCUCAUCCAUCAUCAGGCACUGCAGGAUCCACUGAGGCUAGAGGCCUUUGCUUUUCAUCCUCGACCCCACUUUUUCAUGCACUUUUCUACCCUUUUCCCUGAGGUGUCCAUGCCCACAGGACUGUGGCCUUUGUGAGCUGUGAAAGACCCUGGUGCUAGGCAGGGGUGUUGGGUACGGUUGUGCCCCCACGUGCGGCUGGGCCUUAGGGAGCUGUGAAGGUCUGGGAGCUGCAUCCCUGCCACACCCACGGAGUGAGAAGAAGUAGUGGGGUGGAAGCAGUUUCUGUCUGCCUAGCCCUGGUGCUGGCUUGGAUACAGACAAAGCCCCGCACUACUGAGGGUCCCUGGAUCCAUGGGCCAGACCCUGGCUGCAGGCCCUGUGUCACCAGUCCCUACCCCCACGCCUCAGCCCAGCCCAGCAGGCUGGGGGAAUUAAAAGGUGGGACUCAUUGCCACCAGACUUGGGGGAAGCUGACAGUGUAGCCAGAUUCACCAAGGGAUUGGACAUGGUCUUGGAGGAAAGGGGCAUCCAUGGCUAUUGAGCACAGGAGUGAGGGCAUUAUCAGAGCUUCCCAGACCUUAAAUGCUGGAGGCUGCAAGGGAGAGAGGAAUGGGAAACCCCUGGUCAGACCCAAUCACUCUCCCUUUCUCUGCUGCUGUGUGACAGGAGACUGGACAGAACAUGCUGUGAAAUGGGAGAGGAGCAGGGGCUGGAGCCCUUCCGGAGCUGAGGCCUCUGUGUUUCCUGGCCCCCUCCUGUUGCAAAGAAAUCACCAGGAUCUGGGGCCUGUUCCCAACAACGAGGGCUCUCGUGGCCGAGAAAUAUGAGACGGUUGCACUGGAGUCAUCGAUCCAGGGAGCACAGCAAGGGCCCUGUACUGGUAUCUCUUACCAGGAGCCUCUGCCCUGAGGGUCCUGGUGCCUCAGUGCUGGCACAGGGUUGGCUGUGGGGGCCUGAAGCUCAGCAUGUUUGAGAUUUCAUGCUCUGCUAGCCUUGAAGCCAUUUGGCCCUGUGAUUCUCCCAUAGCUGCUACUCCAAGCAGCCAGCAGCCCACCCCAGAGCAUGGUCUUGCCUUUCAUCCCUGAUUGUCCUAUCAUCUGAUCCCUGCCCCCAGUCCCUGUCCUGCUGGAUGGAGCCCCUGACUGGUGCCUUGAAUGGAGCAGCAGUUCAGCAGCCAGGAAGUGGCUCCCACUUUCCUGAUGUUACAGUUUUUUAAAGACAAUAAAUGUCGAUGUGUGAACAGCC